AGGGCCUAUUCCCUGGUGGAUUCCAGUCAAGUGUCUACAUUUCUGAUUUCCAUUCUACUUAUAGUCUAUGGUAGUUUCAGGUCCCUUAAUAUGGACUUUGAAAAUCAAGAUAAGGAGAAAGACAAUAACAAUUCUUCUGGGUCUUUCAAUGGCAACAGCACCAAUAAUAGUAUCCAAACUAUUGACUCUACCCAGGCCCUGUUCCUUCCAAUUGGAGCGUCUGUCUCUCUCCUAGUAAUGUUCUUCUUCUUUGACUCAGUUCAAGUAGUUUUUACAAUAUGUACAGCAGUUCUUGCAACGAUAGCUUUUGCUUUUCUUCUUCUCCCGAUGUGCCAGUAUUUAACAAGACCCUGUUCACCUCAGAACAAGAUUUCUUUUGGUUGCUGUGGGCGUUUCACUGCUGCCGAGCUACUAUCAUUCUCCUUGUCUGUCAUGCUCGUCCUCAUCUGGGUUCUCACUGGCCACUGGCUUCUCAUGGAUGCGCUGGCCAUGGGUCUCUGUGUUGCCAUGAUCGCCUUUGUCCGCCUGCCCAGCCUCAAGGUCUCCUGCCUGCUUCUCUCAGGGCUUCUAAUCUAUGAUGUCUUCUGGGUGUUUUUCUCCGCCUACAUCUUCAAUAGCAACGUCAUGGUGAAGGUGGCCACGCAGCCGGCUGACAAUCCCCUUGAUGUUCUUUCCCGGAAGCUCCACCUGGGGCCCAAUGUUGGGCGUGAUGUUCCUCGCCUGUCUCUGCCUGGAAAACUCGUGUUCCCAAGCUCCACUGGCAGUCACUUCUCUAUGUUGGGCAUUGGAGACAUUGUGAUGCCCGGGCUCCUGUUGUGCUUUGUUCUUCGUUAUGACAACUACAAAAAACAAGCCAAUGGUGACUCCUGUGGUGCCUCUGGACCCGCCAACAUCUCUGGACGCAUGCAGAAGGUCUCCUACUUUCACUGCACCCUCAUUGGAUAUUUUGUAGGUCUCCUCACUGCUACUGUGGCAUCUCGCAUUCACCGAGCAGCCCAGCCUGCCCUUCUCUAUUUGGUGCCAUUUACUUUAUUGCCACUCCUCACAAUGGCCUAUUUAAAGGGUGACUUACGGCGGAUGUGGUCUGAGCCGUUCCACUCCAAGUCCAGCAGCUCCCGGUUCCUGGAAGUAUGAUGGAUCACGGAGUGACCAGAAUGGCCAUCUUAGUCCUUUUCUGUCAACGCGUGGUUUUGUUUCCUCUUAGAGUUGGCCUGGUACUCAGAGAUGUACCUGUUUAAGGAACUGAUGUGGGACUGGAUUUUGCGUUUGCAGGGAGCGAGGUGCUGGAGCCCUGCUUGGUUCCUUCUCUUCCUGACAUAGAGGUGGAGCCCUUCCUGACGUGACAGGCCCUCCCAGCACUCCUUCCUCCCCCGUUUUUAUGGAUCUGCACCGGACUCUUACUGUGGGGGAUGGAGAUGUGACUGUUUAAAACUGACAACAGCAAGGAGUCGUUCUGUACCUUUCAACACUAAAAGGAUGAAAACAUGAGCAAACCGAAGGUUCUUCAGCGAACCCACCAGAACUUUGGGACCAGUUUCCUAUGGAGGACUCAGUUUCAGAGAACUGAGACAGAAGCUCUUCUGUCGUUAUAUUCUUCUUUCCUUUUUUUGGAUUUAUUAAAUAUUUUCUGUGGUGUGAAGUGACUUAUUAAAUCCACAGACAUUGAGUGACUUCUUACAGCAUACACAUAAGAACCGUAAGAGUUCAUGUCCACCCAGAUGUUGUGUUGGCAGUGAACGAGGGCACGGUUUUUAUACAUACGCGCGCGCACAUAUAUAUAUGAAUAAACAAAAAUUAAAAUCUGCUAAGAUCAUGCUGUGUAGCAGACAGGGGCUUGCUGUAAUUGUUAGCAUGUAGAGCCGUUUACUCUGGCUUUCUUGUAUAUGGAUAAGCUGCUGUCUUUCCCUCCACAACCGAACGUGCAGUUAAAAACCAGUAUAGUAUUUGUACUGAUAUACUCAUGGACUUUAGGGGACUCUCAUUUGGUUUUGAUCAGUGUAGCAAAUUAGGGAUGAAAAGGUAAAACUUUUUGGCCCUUUUUUUGUUUUUACAGGCUUCUCCCUUGCAGGAUUUUAGUACUUUCUUCUGAACCGAUGCAUGUAUUAUAGCAGCAGAUGUCUUUGUGCUUUCUGAUCAUAGUAAUGUACUACUUGUAAAUACAUAUUUCUAUUUUCUAUUUUUUUGUAUUUUUUUUUUUUUUGGCAUUUUGUUUCAUUGAUGUGCUGUAUUUUCCAUGCCCUCACUCCUUUAAGAAAAAAAAGGAAAAAACAAUUGUCCUUGCUGUUGUGAUUAUAGUCUUGGUUUACCUGUGGUGACAACUGGGUAUUGGGAACAAAUGUCAGGUGCCCCUGUGAGAUACGCCCUACAUUCCAGGAAUUGCGGAAAGAGCGAGCUGCUCUGGGCCCUUAGGGCCUGACGUGGGCCAUGGGCCGUGCUGGAGAGCCAGCCUCUGGCAGUAACGAGUGUGAGUGAUCUCCACUGGCCCUGUCCAAACGGCCUCCACCCGCUAAGAACUUGCCCACUGCUGGGAGGCACAGAAGCCUAGAACUGGCCUGCACACCCGACAGCAGAGGUUGGCGGAGGGCCCGUGCCCUGGCUUCUUUCUCCCAUGAGCAGGUGACCCGCCUGUCUUGACCUGUGUGGUCACGUGUGCUGUGGUUGCCACACUCGAAGGCACAGUGUAUAGAGCUCUCAUGGUGAAGCGGUCAGGAUGGUGCGUUCCUCUGUUGUGUCUUCAAAUCCUGCUGGGGGCUAUUUUGUUUUUUGUUUUGUUGUUUUUUUUAAUAAAUGACUCCUUUCUAGC